UACGUUUUCCUUCUCUUUUCCGCUGAACUCUGUACGUACGCUCUCCUCGCGCCGCCAUGAACCGCUCCACCUCGCCGCCGACGCCGACGCCGACGCCGACGCGAGACGGCGUCCAGUGGGCCAGCGCCGCCUCCUCGGCGGCCCUGCGCCGCUACUCCUCCCUCCCCAAGAAGGGCAAGCCGCAGGGGCGCGAGUCCACGGUGCUCGCCGCUUUCCUGCUCUCCUCCCCGCAGGACCCGCUCAGCCCUGAGGUCCUGUCUCUCGCCACCGGCACCAAGUGCCUCGGCGCGUCCCGCCUGGCCCCCCGCGGCGACCUCGUGCACGACGCCCACGCCGAGGUCGUCGCCCGCCGCGCGCUCCUCCGCCUCCUCUACGCCGAGAUCGGCGCCGACUGCCCUCCGAGCUGGCUGGUUCCGUCCGGUUCCGGUGGGCGGUGGAGGCUGAGGGACGGGUAUCAGCUGCACCUCUACGUCACCCUGCUCCCCUGUGGGGUCAUGCCGGUGCCGCCGUCACCCUCAGAGGUUCCAAGGUUACAGCCGGACAUUGUGGUGAAUGGAUGUGGUGAUGGUGGUUUUGUUCAGAGGAAGCCAGGGCGUGGUGAUACAACAUUGUCAAUGAGCUGUUUUGACAAAAUUACUCGCUGGUGCGUCGUUGGAAUUCAAGGUGCAUUGCUGUCACACAUUCUGGAACCCUUGUAUUUGUCCACCGUUACCGUUGGACAGUCCCCUGAUGGUGCACCUGAAGGGUUUUGUAUUGAAAGUAACGUUGAAAAAGUUCUUUGUGCUCGUUUGUCCUCUCUAUCCAGGAUAUUCCCUGCCUCUUCUAAACCAAAUAAGCCACUAUUUUUCGAGGCACCUAUUCCGCCGAAAGAGUUUCAUCAGACUCUGGGAGAUAUACCCCCUUUGACAUGCGGGUACUCAAUAUGCUGGAAUAAAUCUGGUUUGCAUGAAGUUAUUUUAGGAACAACUGGGAGAAAACAAGGCACAUCUUCAAAGGCAGCAUGCUUACCCUCCACCGAGUCAAUGCUCUGCAAAAUAAGAUUGGCAGAGGCCUUUAUUUCACUUGAACAUCCAUUAGUCACAAAAUUCCAGCAUGAGGAACUGUCCUAUCGUGCAAUCAAGGAUAUGGCUUGUGAGUACCAGCAGAUGCUUGAGCUUCUUAGAGAGGCCCCAUUUUUUAGCCGGUGGCGCUCUAAGCCAGCAUCUCUUGAUUCAUUUAAAGUUCAACGGUGAUAACCAUCCGCGUUCGAUGCUGCAUGCCAGAGCUACUUUGCGAAAGCAUCGCGUCAAAGGCCACCAGCAUCUGCUUCCUGGAUCAUUGCUAAGUACCACACUUUUGUCCUCUAAAACACUUUUGCUGGUGCAGAUCUAAUCAACUAAUCAUACUUGGGAGGGGAAAACAGGUGUUGGGAUGAUAAUCUCACUGUCUCAGCCUCCGGACAGAACUGUUUUAUGGAAGUGAAGAAAGAAGAUAGGUUGGAUAUGGCUGUUGACAUGGGGUGAUGGGCCCAUUUGAUGAUUUGCUGAAAUUAAAAGGUGGCAACCUCAGAGAGGGAAAGAUAGAGGCAGGAGGGAGACCAAAAAGACCUGGCCCCAAGUGAGCACAUGCACUGCCUUGAACACCACAAGACAUCCUUGCCUAUGAUAUGAUGAGUACAGUGCUGCCCUUGAUUAUCACAAUGGUUUCUAUUUAUUUAUUUUAUUCACAAAAUGGCUUGACUAGUAGUACCCCCUGUUUUCAGCUGGGAACAUGGCCACUGAGAUCUUUAGUAGGUGUGCCAUCAUCCUCUAGGGACAAGGACCCACCCACCUCAGAGAAAAACCUGUCAUUUCUAGAGCUGAAAAUGAAGGUGAUCCCCUCCUCUCACAGCUAGCUUAAGAAAAACAUUACUACCCUUUUGCAGAAAGGAUAUGUGCAUGUUCUUGGUCUUGCUUGUAUUCUGGAUUCAGGAACAUGGUAGGCGGAUGGACAGAAACAUCUAUCUUGGCACUCACUGCAAUGAUAUUGUUACCUAUUCACAUGCA